GUACGAGACACCAGCCACACACGCAUCGUCGCCGCGCGAGCCUGCCACAGCGACCUAGCAGCCGACAGCGCUCGAGCAGCAAGCCGCAGCAACCACCAUCCAUCGCCGAAUCAUCGGAGCACGCGCUUGCACGGCAGGCGAGAUCCAGGCACCUGGUUCCCCAGCACAUCCAAGCAUGGGUGCGCCAAAAAACGCGUUAGCCUUCCCCCCGAAGCUCGAGGACUACGACCCUCCUUCCAAAAUCACGACGGCGUGCCUCCUCGUCGUCGCCGUCAGCGGCUGGGUCGUCACGUGGUGCGCGCAGAUCAUCUUUUCGUGCACGGUCGGCCUCACCAUGUCGAAGAAGCGCAAGCAGUACUGGAACGGCUACCUGUUUCGACUGCUGAGCGCGGCGCCGGUCGCGCGCUUGACGCCAGGAAUUAAAGUAGAAAAGACGAAGGACUCGUACGAGUUCACCCCCGAUCAAAUCAACGGCAAGAGCGCCGUCAUGGUCGUCUGCAACCACCGCUCGGAUUUUGAUCCGUUCGCGCUAGCUGCCGCGAUUCUACCUCUAGAAACCAAAUACGUCGCGAAGUCCGAUUUGUUCAAGGUGCCCUUCGGCGGCUGGGCGAUGCAGCGCGCGGGCGACCUCGCCGUGCGCUUCGACCCGAAGCGGGCCGGCGGCUGGGGCACGGUCAAGGGGUCGACGGGCCAGUUAUUAGCGGACGCGGCGGCGCACUUCCAGGCCGGCAACUCCAUCGCCAUCUUUCCCGAGGGGAAUCGACUCGGCGCCUACGUCGACAAAACUAUUGAAGCGGGCAAGCACCCCACAAAACUCAUGCCCUUCAAGCCGCCGUUCUUCGACUGCGCGCGGAAGAACGGGGUCCCGGUCGUCUGCGUGAGCAUGGCGGGGACCGACGCGGUCUGGCCCGUCAAGACGCUGUCGAUGCGCCCGGGCAGGGUGACCGUCCACAUCCACGCGCCCAUCAACGGGGCGGACUACGCGGACGACCAGGCGUUCUGCGACGCGGCGCGGGAGAUCGUCGGGAAGGGGUACCUGGACCUCAUCGACUCGCUGGGGAAGACGAACUAAGAAGGUUCGCU